CUCGAACGUUCACAAAACAGCGAUGGACGGCGCCAAGGACAAUGCGGUCGACUGCCUGCAAAAGAAGGCCAUCUAUGACCACUGCUUUGACCUGUGGUACAAAGACGUCUUUCUCAAGAACAAGAGCAAGGGCAAACUCGGCUGCCAAGAGCUCUACAAGGAGUACUCGGCGUGUAUGACGGAGGAGCUCAAGGCAGACCUGCCGCUCGUUCAGAGCAUCCGCGCCGAGAUGAACCCCGAGCACACGGCGCAGUGGAUCGGGAAGGACCUUCCGAAUCCCAACGCCAAGGCUGAGAAAGCAUAACAGACGUGUCAUUUGCCUUUGCAUUCUUCAUGUACCGGCUCCCAGAUCCUAUUACCGAGGGCCGGCACUGCAUAUCUAGUUCAUUCAUGGGUUGGCAACGAUCUCGCGGCCACGAGACUGCGCAAUGUUGUUGGCAUCUCAAUAAUAUCGAAGUUGAGGUAUCCGUCACGGCAACGGACUACGUAAAGUUCGCGCGCACUCACCAAGCGGCCUACCUCAAGUGCCUCGCCACGACCAACGCAUACUUCCGGUGGCGCCAGUACGACUUCCAGGACACGACAGCCUGCUGCAACGACGUUGA